CGAUAGCGGUUUUGUAGCCCUGGCAAUAGUGGCACGUUUUUUGUUUGCGCAAAAUAUAAUGGAAAUUGACAAGCCAAAUAUUUUAAUUACUGGCACGCCUGGCGUGGGUAAAUCGUAUUUGUGCCAACGUUUGGCCGAUCAAUUGAAGUUUAAUUGGCUUGACUGCUCCAAAAUAGCAAAGGAAAAUAACUUUAUAGAGGAAUAUGACAAAGAAUUUGAUUGCCCAAUACUCGAUGAGGAUAAGUUGAUGGACUUUAUGGAACCACUAAUGGCCAACGGUGGGAACAUAGUUGAGUAUCACGGCUGUGAUUUCUUUCCGGAGCGCUGGUUUCAAGCAGUUUUUGUGGUGACUUGCCCUAACGAGACGCUCUACGACAGACUUAAGGAGCGUAGUUAUAAUGAAAAGAAACUAACCUCGAAUAUACAGUGCGAAAUAUUUGGUACAAUCUGGGAGGAAGCCUGCGAAUCGUACAAAGACGAUAUAGUAUUCAAAUUGAGUGGCGCAACAAAGGCGGAGGCCGAAAAUAGUUUAAAGACGGUAAAGAAUUGGUAUAGCAUGUGGAAGCGCAAGUAAAAUGCAUGUUACAAAGCCAUAAUUACUGUCCAUUAUUUUUGUAUACAUAUAUCAGUUAAAAAAGUCUAAA